AUGUCGAGUCCGCCGGGAGAAGACUUUGAGAAAGUUCUUAGUACUAGCAGUCGACCUCACAACUACUGUAGUUCUGAAUCAUCAAUGUCAGAAGAUGAUGGAGAAAAUGAGCAUGUUUUGAAGCAUGGAGCACCCGCUGAAGCGUUGACACCAGACUCAGAACGAAUGGUAGUUUUAGGAAAAGAUUUAGUUCAAUCUGCACCCGGAAGUAUAGUGCCCACUGAAAACGCUUCAUGGAUAAAUCGAAUCAAAAAAGCUGGAGCUUCAAUGAUGGGAAGUAUGCGUCCAUCGAGUUCAAGUCAAGAGACACUUCCAAGAGAGGAAACCGAAAAACAACACAAGAAAAAAUGGAAAGCAAGAUUGUGGUCGACAUGGAAUAAUAUUAAAUAUUCAAGCACAUGGAUGUCGGAUAGAACAGAUGAAUACGGCGGGGAAAAUGAUGUGGUGUUUUUGGGAAAAAGAUAUUCGACGAAUAAAAAUUUGAAUGGUGUUAGCAUAGGAUUUGAAGACUUUUGCUCUGACUACUAUUCGAGGCUGUGGAUAACUUAUCGAACGGAUUUUUCGCCUCUUCUGAAAACAGAUACGACAACAGAUUGUGGAUGGGGAUGCAUGAUUCGAACGACACAGAUGAUGGUUGCACAAGCAAUUAUGAUAAAUCGAUUUGGAAGAAAUUGGAGAUUUGUGAGACGGAAAAAGUCUCAUGUAACUGUCAAUGGAGAAGAAACGGAAUUCGAUACAGAGAAGAUGAAGGAGUGGAUGAUUCUGAAAUUGUUUGAAGAUAAACCAUCUGCACCUUUAGGAAUUCAUAAAAUGAUUGAAAUCGCUGCGAGAGAGAAAGGAAAAAGAGCUGUAGGCUGUUGGUAUAGCCCAUCAGAAGCUGUGUUUAUCAUGAAAAAAGCAAUCACCGAAUCAGCGUCUCCUCUGACUGGUGACACUGUAAUGUAUCUUUCGAUUGAUGGAAGAGUUCAUAUCAGAGAUCUUGAAGUAGAGACAAAGCACUGGACGAAAACUCUGAUGCUAGUCAUAGUAGUAAGAUUGGGAGCAGCUGAACUGAAUCGUAUUUAUGUUCCUCAUCUGAUGCGUCUCUUUUCUAUGGAUUCUUGUCUUGGAAUCACUGGCGGACGCCCUGAUCAUUCUUGUUGGUUUGUUGGCUAUUAUGGAGAUCAAGUGAUCUACUUGGAUCCCCACGUGGCACACGAAUACAUUCCAAUUGAUAUGGACUUCAACACGAGUCAAGAAGAUCCUAAGAAGCCCAAAAAGUGUCCGGAGCGAAGUUAUCACUGUCGUCUCCUCUCGAAAAUGCACUUUCUCGAUAUGGAUCCUUCGUGUGCUCUAUGCUUCAGAUUUGAGUCUAGGGAGCAGUUUGAUCAAGAUAUGAGGCAGUUGAAUUUGUCUCAAUUCAUCGACAUCGAUCAAGGAGAGGAGCACGGAAUGAAACGAGUACGAGAUCCUCUGUUCAGUGUGGUUUACGGAGAGAGACGCAGAGUUCCGAGUUACGAACGAGAGGUCUCGGAGUCGGAUCAAGCACAAGCGGAUAAGCACGGUUUUGAGAUGCUGUGA